AUGGCCACCACUGGCUCUGACCCAAACGAGCCGCGCACCUCCGUCUCGAUCGACACUGCUGUCAACGAAGACGUGACUAUACUUGUGGACGAAGAGGCAACAGAGCGAGACUCGGCAUACGGAGACGAGAUAUCUGCCUAUACAACCUCACUUACAUCGUCCGUGAACACUUUCAUGAUGCAGUACGGCCGGAUCUAUCACACCUUUCGGGAUCAUCAAGGGAAUAUGUUGCCUAGCGACGAACAAGAAAUCAACAGGCUAGAUCUCCAUCAUGCAUUGAUGCUUUGGCUUCUAGGGGGCCAGCUUCAUCUUGCUCCAAUUGGUUCACAGCCGCAGCGAGUGCUUGAUCUGGGUACGGGGACAGGCAACUGGGCUGUCGAUUUUGCCGAUCUGUAUCCCACGGCAGAAGUCAUUGGAACGGAUCUUACUCCGAUACAGGCCACCUUUGUGCCCCCGAAUCUAAGAUUCAUCAUUGACGAUUUUGAGGACGAGUGGGCAUACGGGCAGGCGCCGUUUGACUAUAUCCAUGGGCGGUAUUUGGCCUCUGCUGUUCGAGACUGGCCGCACUUGGUCCGACAAUCUUUUCAGAAUCUAAAACCUGGCGGUUGGGUCGAGUUCCAGGAAUGGGAUACAAUGUUAUAUUCAAAGGAUGGUUCGUUGACCGAAGAAGCGGCGCUUUACAAGUUCCAUCACCAUACAUGCAGCCGUCGGAGUGCUGCUGGCUACGAUACUCAGCCUGGGCCAAAGAUUGAGGGCUGGCUUCGAGAUACCGGCUUUGUUAAUGUGCAGGCUAUAGAAUUACCCAUUCCGCUGGGCACUUGGCCUAAGGACACCACAUAUAAGCAAGUUGGAAUAUGCAAUUACCUUCAGUUCCAGGCUGGGAUGGAAGGCAUUGCAAUUGGGUGCUUGGUGAGGACUGCCCCCGAUCCUUGGUCGAUGGAAGAGGUGCAGGCCUUGCUCGCCGAGGCAAGGAAAGAUAUGAAAAGUCCGAGGAUUCACGGACAGUACGACUUUUAUGUGGUAUAUGGGCAAAAGCCGCCAUCAGCUGUCCAUUGA